CACUAUCGUCUGUCAAAUGUGUAAACACGUAUUUAUUUUCUAGAUAAAAAAUUGAAGUAAUUUUUUAACUCUAUCACAAGCAUGUUUUCGGCAUAAUAAUCGCAAAAAAUGCUACCGUAACGAUAGCGAAGUGAUGAAAAUAUUCAUUCUGCUUGUUUACAAAGUGUUUGCUCGCGUAUUGGACAUCUUGAACAGAUUUUUCAACGUGCCCAGGCUUCGCCACCUUCGUGAAAUCGUAGACGUGAGUGCCGAAGAGAUGAGCGCAGAAAACGCGGAUUCGUCGACGUCCCUGGAGGUCUCCUCCCGGAACGAGUACUGCUUUCGACCCUUCGAAAUGAGACGGAUCAAACAGAAGCGAUUGAUUGGGCCGAAAAAGUCCAAACCGUACGCCAGAAGUGGCCACCGGAUCGUAGGCAAUGAUUCCGCUCUGUAUUGCUUUGGAGGAUUUAAUCCGAAUAUGGCAGUGGUCAACAAUGACGACGACGAGACUUCUUCCCUGUUCCAGGAGUUGUGGAAAUAUGAUUUAAUCAAAAACGAAUGGACGCUACUGAUGGAUCCGAGCAAUGAUUUGCCACAGGAACUGGCCUCGAAUGCGAUGAUCUUGCAUGAGGAUUUACUGAUUCUCUACGGAGGAACUGGUUUUCCGUUUGGAGUGAAUUGUUCGAAUCGAUUGUAUGUAUGCAAACCCGGAAGUAAGCCGAAUGAAAUGACGGAAAUAGCUGUGAAAGGCGAUCUGCCCCCGGCGCAAUACGGACAGACCAUUUUAUAUCAUGAUGGCUUUCUUUACACCAUCGGAGGAACGGAAGGUUUCGACUAUACGUGCGAUGUGUAUAGGUUAAACGUUGCUACAAAGACUUGGGAGUGCGCCUAUGCAUGCAGGCCAGAUAUUCGUGAUGACCCACCCGGGCGGUACAGGCAUGAAAUAGCAUUUGACGGUGAACGAAUUUACAUAAUCGGCGGAGGGACGAGUGAAUCGGCGUUUAGUUUAUCAUCUAUUCCCACAUACCAUAUUAGAAGGAAUCAAUGGACUUAUACGGAAACAAAACCCGACCCGAACCUGCCACGGCCGGGCGUUCCGGCGGCAAGAAAAUGCCAUUCGUGUGUUCAAUACCAGACUGAUCACGGAGCGGAAAUUGUGGUUGCGGGUGGAUAUGACGGUCGGUUGUACUAUAAGGACGUCUGGAAACUGAAUCUGUCCACAUUUGAAUGGCGCCAGAUGCAGAAGACGAAUCUUCCCUAUCCCAUAUUCUUUCACGAUGCUGCGGCCAGUUCCGCUGGGUGCAUGUACAUCUUUGGUGGCAUAAAAUUCACGUACAACAACAACGUACGGACGAACAUUGUGUACAAAACGUGGAUGACGAUUCCGAAGCUUAGUGAAAUUUGCUGGGAAGCUUUGCUACAUUACAACCCGGCCAUUGUUAAUAGAACGAAGAGUAGUUUGCUGGAAGCAGGAAUUCCGCUUAAAUUUGUGCAAAGAAUUAACGAAACAUAGCUUUUCUGAACCUUUUUUUUUUUGUUGGCAUAGCUUUGACUAUUUAUUCGGUAGUAAAAUCUUAUCGUAAAUACAUCCAAGUUUCAAAAUAAAAUAGCGUUUUUCAAGGACUUAACA